GCUCUGUUCUUGGGCCCUCGUUCUCAAGGCAUUUUAUCAAACCCUUUUCCCGCUCUCUUUUCUUCGUCGUCGCACAUUUUCUCCCCAGCCUCUGUGAGAAAAUGGCGAUGGAAAGGGAUCAAGCGUCAGAGAAAUCCUCAUCUCUCUCCCUCUUCUUUCUCAUUCUUUCCGUUCUCUUCCUCGGAUCUUCGUCUCGUCUUCUCACGUUCCCAGAUCCUAAAAUUGGAAUAAACUAUGGUCGACUAGGCUCCAAUCUUCCAUCGCCUGAGGUUGCAAUGAAGCUAAUAUCCUCAUUAGCAAUAAAAAAUGUGAAGACCUUUGAUAUGGAUCCAUUAGUAAUCAGAGCUUUUGCCAACACAAACAUUUCCUUGUCAUUGUGCAUUCCAAAUGGUGAUAUAUAUUCUUUGGCUUCUGAUCCAACAAAAGCUGAUUGUAUUGUCAAAGAAGGCAUCCUUCCUUUCUAUCGCGAAACUUAUAUCUCUUCUAUUGCAGUUGGAAAUGAAGUAACCAUGCUCCCAGAAUUUGCUCCCGUUCUCCUUAAUGCCAUGGAAAACUUGUACAGAUCACUCAAGAAAUUCAGGUUGCACCAAAAGAUUAAGGUCUCUACCCCUCAUUCUUUAGCGGUUUUAGCAAUAAGGUUCCCUCCUUCAGAUGCUUUGUUCCAAGAAUCAAUUGCAGAACCUGUUCUCCGACCUGUAUUAAGAUUUCUUAGCAGAACAAAUUCUCCAUUUAUGGUGAACCUUUACCCGUACUUAACAUUUAAAGAGAUUCCUUAUAUCCCUCUGGAUUUUGCUUUAUUUUUGGGGAAUCCACAGAACUUCAAUUUUACAGAUCCAAAGACUGGCUUAGUGUACACAAAUUUAUUUGACCUUUUGGUAGAUGCUUUGAACUCUGCUGUAUUUUCACUUGGUUUCCACAAGGUGCCUCUAGUUGUUACAGAAACUGGAUGGCCUUCAGAGGGAGAUGCUGAUGAUAACGCUGCAUCACUACAGAAUGCUGCUAUAUUCAACCAAAGACUUGUGAAUCAUUUAACACAAUAUCCAAUUAAGGGAACUCCUUUGAGGCCUGGCGUACCAGUUUUGACCUUUUUAUUCUCUCUGUUUGAUGAAGAUCUGAAGCCAGGAGCUACUACAGAGAAACAUUGGGGUAUAUUCUAUGCUAAUGGCACAAAGAAGUAUGAUCUCAGCUUAUCCCAUCUCUCCCACUCUCGGUUUAAAGAACUUUGAAAAAAGGAGAGAUCCUAAACUUGGAGGAAACAACGGUCUUUUAGGCUCCAAUAAUCCAUCAAGUGAAUAGGCAGUUAAGCUAACAAUCUCAUCAUGAAGAACUUAUGAGCUAUUUCGAUAUGGACCUUCAGGAGCAAGAUAUUUUUUACACAUACGUAUUACCGUAUUUUAGCUUCUUCUGAAUCACCAAAACCCCACUGUAAUUUCAGCAAGGAUCCAUCCGCAAAGUUAUUGUGGGAAACUGACUCCGAGUAAUCAACUCCUGAAUAUGAAGCUCCUAAGUUUGGGGAAUUACGGUGUUUCGGGCUCUAAUCAUCCAUCAAUUGAGUAGGCAUCAAGCUAAGUAGCUAGCAUCCCCAUCAUCCACAAACUUGUGAGGUUGUCAAGUUUUGUCGUGUUGAGCAGAGGACGACGACGGUGGGGGUUUAUUAUAGGGAAACGCGCCUCUGAUGGUUUUUUUUUUCAAAGUUGUCGUCUUUAUGUGCACCGGGGUCCGUGAGGAGCAGCGAAUGGCAGGCAGGCCGGUCUGUUUUCUCCAGUAGUCGGAUACGGGUUGCAAAUCACGGGUCGGGUAAAUAUGCGGUGGAGCCAGUGCGAGAAGAUUUGGGCUUUGCCCAGAAUAUGUAGCGGGCGUCUACGUCUGCUUCCAAAAUCAUGUGUGUUUGGUAAUC